UGACUGUUGUCGUCGUAUUCCUCAUUCUGUACCUCCUCUAUCCUGACCGGGCUAUCGGUACCAGGGCAAGACCUGACCUCCCCGGUCCGCGUGGCUUGCCUUUCCUUGGGAACCUUUUGCAAGUUCUUCCAGCUGUCCGUGCUCAUCGCAUUCUCGAGCUUGACCUUGCAUGGUUCGGGAAGUACGGGAAGUUCUUCAGCCUCACAAUGCCUGGUGUGGGUCGUACGAUCUUCCUCUGUUCUCCAGACUCCGUCGAACAUAUACUGAAAACGAACUUUGAGAACUACGAGAAAGGUUGUGUCUUCAACUCCAAUUUGAAGGCCCUUUUAGGCGAUGGUAUUUUCAAUGUCGACGGACACGCGUGGAAGACGCAGAGGAAGGUUGCCAGUUAUAUUUUCACAGCAAGGGCGUUCAAGACUGUUAUUGCACAAGUCUUUGAAUCAGAGACGAACCGAGUCAUUGAUAUCCUUCGACAGCACGCGCAUACCAACCCUGACGUUCCUUUAGACUUGCAAGCACUAUUCUAUCGCUUCACAUUGAACUCCUUCAGCUUAAUUGCAUUUUCGAAGGACCUCCAUCUCCUCGAUGAUCUGGAGAAACCAGUGGAAUUCUCUGAAGCUUUUGAUUAUGCUCAGGAGACUUGCGGUGGUCAUUUUACGAAACCUUACUGGAAGUACUGGGAACGCUUUACUUCUCGCGGUCGCAAGUUCGAGAAGAUGUGCAAGGUGAUUGACGAAAUGACGUAUUCCAUCAUCAAUGAGAAGAAGAACCAACCGAAGUACGAUACACCGCCGAAAGCGGGCACUAAGGACCUCAUGGACCUCUUCAUGGAAUAUCGCGAUGAAGAGGGCAACGCCUUGAACGAGAAAGAGCUCCGCGAUAUCAUGCUGAACUUCAUUCUCGCCGGCAGGGACACCACCGCCAACGUCCUCACUUGGAGUGUCCACUUGCUCCUGCUCAACAAGGAGACUGCUUCCCUUCCCUCCCCUGUCACGUACGACACAAUCCGCCAACACACCUACGCUUACGCAACCCUUUAUGAAACCCUCCGCUUGCGGCCCAGUGUGCCCAGGAACAGGAAACUCGCACUCAAAGAUGACAUCGUCCCAUGCGGCGUCCAGAACGUCCUCGUCAAAGCCGGUGAUAGUGUCAUGUGGAUUCCGUGGGCUAUGGGUCGCCAAACGGAUAUCUGGGGCGACGACGCUCUCGAGUUCAAACCUACACGCUGGCUCGAACCGGAGACGAGCAAGUUAAAGGCCAUUUCCCCGUACCAGUCUAUUGCAUUUCAUGCGGGACCUCGUCAGUGCCUUGGGAAGGUGUUUGCAGAGCAGGAGGCUUUGAGGAUGUUGUUGCCGAUGACGAGCGGGUUUGAAUUCGAAAGGGUUGGAAGUGCUGACGUGGGCUACGAAAAGAGUCUAACUCAUCCCAUGAGGGGUGGGUUAUGGGUCAAGGUCAAGGAGAGAACAUGAUUUGUGAUGUUUCUCUGCUCGUCCGAAAAUGAGGCUCGCAUGCAUCUGUUCUUCCCGCGCCGCAUGUGUUAUACGAAGUAUGGAUACCUACCUUGUACCCAGACUCGAGCACACAGGAUGAAAUAUUAGCACAGAAGUUACCGCGGCUAUCAAGAUUACCAUUACUAAGUUUACCGUCUAAAACAACAUACGCUCUUCCCGAGACUCCUACACUGUCGGAUAUACAAGGA